AUGGAGGGGAAGCAGCAUAAGGAGGGAGCGCCGGCGGAAGGGAAUGCCACCCGAACGCAUGCGAAGGGCCGGGCGAAAGUCGAACACGAGGGCGAGUACCUGCCCAUUGAAGACCACGGCAUCGUGGGCAACACGCGCACCGUAGCCCUCGUCGGGCGCAACGCCACCAUCGACUGGAUGUGUUUCCCCCACUUUGACCGCAUGCUCAUGGACGGUCUCGUGGCCCCUGCCAGGAAGGGUGGGCACUGGUCCAUCUGCCCAGUGGGCUCUGCCGACGUGCACUACAAGCAGUACUACUGGCUGGACACCAACGUACUGGUGACGCGCAUAUCGACAGAAGACGGCAUUGCACAGGUGGUAGACUACAUGCCUGUGGGAGACAAGGGGCUGUGCGUCAACGGCUCCAGCACCCACAAUGCGCUCAUUCGACAGCUCUCCGUGGUACACAGAAAGAUGUGCUUCAAUAUGGAGUGCAAGCUGGGCUUCAACUACUCAAGGGACCCACAUGAGGUGAAGCAUACAAAGUGUGGCAUUUGCUUCUCCUCCAAGUUGCUUGACCUCAGCCUCUUUUCUCCCAAUGGGGCGGCGAUCGGCGAGAUCUGCAUGGAGGAGGGAGACAGGAAGGUGAAUUUCAUUCUCUGCGAUGUUGAGGAGGAGCACCACGACGUCUGCCACAAGGUAUCGACCGACGAGGUGUUCGAAAGCACGAUCGAGUACUGGCACAAAUGGCUCUCGCAAUGCACCUACAAAGGCCGCUGGCGUGAAAUGGUGCAUCGCUCCGCGCUGGUGAUGAAGCUGCUCACGUUUGCGCCCACGGGCGCCAUCGUGGCGGCCCCCACCUGCUCUCUUCCUGAAGAGUUGGGAGGCGUCAGGAACUGGGACUAUCGGUACACGUGGUUGCGGGAUGCCGCGUUCACGCUCUACGGCUUCUUGCGGAUCGGCUUCUACAAGUAUGGGCCGGCUGCGCAUCCCUGGAUUGACUCUGAUGGGCUUUGGUUUGGGGUUGACUGA